AUGUAUUUACCAAGCUAUAAUCAUCCGCCUUCUGAUUCGGGCUCGGUCGGCGCGGGUCUUUGGGGCCACAACACGGCGGCGGCGGCGGCAACUGCGGCGGCGGCGGCUCUGUCCGCGGGCUACCGGGGCCUCUGCGUCCCGGAACCCCGCUCGCAUGAGCAUCCUCCGCCGGAAAGGUGGGCUCUGUUCCAAGCUGGCCGUCCUCCCGUAACUCCGCCACAUUUUUACCACACCUUCCCAGAGACCUGCACAGCGGCGGACCCAAGUCCGGGUUGUUUUCUGUACGGGGGAACCCGACAGGAACAGAUUCUCUUCCCCCGGAAAAGAGGAACCGAGGCAAGCCGGUCAACGGCGUUGGAUGUCGGAGCAGGAGCGGCGGAGGCGGAGGGGUCACCCGGGAUAUCGAGCGGGGACGGCGGGGAGAGCAACGAGAUCAUGCCGGGGUGCGAAUCACCCGAGGACGGGAGGAAGGUCGAGUUCGACCCACCUUACUGCGAAGCUGCAGCGAGGACGAGUAAGAAGCGUUGCCCUUACUCCAAGCAGCAGAUCAGAGAGCUGGAGAAAGAAUUCCUCUUCAACAUCUACGUCAACAAGCAGCGACGUGCUCAACUCUCUCGUCUCCUGCACCUCACUGACCGGUACGUCGAAGAACCUGCCCCCCAAUAUUACAUUAAAUCAGAUGUCUUUUUUGGUGGCCCCAACCCGGCGCGGCCGGCGGCAACUGCGGCGGCGGCGGCUCUGGCCGCGGGCUACCGGGGCCUCUGCGUCCCGGAACCCCGCUCGCAUGAGCAUCCUCCGCCGGAAAGGUGGGCUCUGUUCCAAGCUGGCCGUCCUCCCGUAACUCCGCCACAUUUUUACCACACCUUCCCAGAGACCUGCACAGCGGCGGACCCAAGUCCGGGUUGUUUUCUGUACGGGGGAACCCGACAGGAACAGAUUCUCUUCCCCCGGAAAAGAGGAACCGAGGCAAGCCGGUCAACGGCGUUGGAUGUCGGAGCAGGAGCGGCGGAGGCGGAGGGGUCACCCGGGAUAUCGAGCGGGGACGGCGGGGAGAGCAACGAGAUCAUGCCGGGGUGCGAAUCACCCGAGGACGGGAGGAAGGUCGAGUUCGACCCACCUUACUGCGAAGCUGCAGCGAGGACGAGUAAGAAGCGUUGCCCUUACUCCAAGCAGCAGAUCAGAGAGCUGGAGAAAGAAUUCCUCUUCAACAUCUACGUCAACAAGCAGCGACGUGCUCAACUCUCUCGUCUCCUGCACCUCACUGACCGACAGGUGAAGAUCUGGUUCCAGAACAGACGAAUGAAGGAGAAGAAGCUGGGUAGAAUGCAGUACUACUGCAAUGGACUUCAACCUCUCAUGGAUGCGUGAAUUGUCGACGUUUAGAUGAAGAAUAUCGAAGCAAAUUUGAAAUGGGGAUUAUUCAUAAUCGAAAUGCUUUCCCAUUAAAACGGUGACGCUCAAAGCGUCAUAUGCAUAAGAAUCACAGAUUUUUAAAAAAGACAUUAAAAACAAAAACACACGCACAGCAUAAAAUGCAAUUUCACAUUGGAGUGAAUGAAAUCUCGGCUGACUGUCAAAUGGAGGAAGAUCCAAAUUAAAAGUCCUUGUCAAGUGAAAAUGAACCGCUUGUAAAUUUGAUUAGCCAAAAUAGAAGGGUGUCGUGAACAACCAAGCCAAACUUAAAAUGAUUAGAAACAAUCAUUAAGUGUAUAAAAUGAGGAUUGGAAAUCGUA